AUGGCGGACGCCAGCUCUGUCCGGCAGCGCAAGCCCGCCCCGGCCGACAACUCGACCUCCACAGUGACCAAGACCCAAAGGAAGGCCAAGGACGAGGACGAGCCCUCGAUUCUCAUCGAUGCCCUCCGCGUCCUCACCUUCCUCCUGCUCGCCUCCUGCGGCUUGAGCUACCUCAUCAGCGGGGGCGACAACCCCCUCGAACUCACCCUCGAACAACUCGCCGCCUUCGACGGCACCGACGAAUCCCGCCCCAUCUACCUCGCCAUCAACGGCACAAUCUACGACGUCACCGUCGGCCGCCGCAUCUACGGGCCCGGCGGCUCCUACCACUGGUUCGCCGGCUGCGACGCCUCCCGCGGCUACGUCACGGGCUGCUUCGCCGACGACCGCACCGCCGACAUGCGCGGCGCCGAGGAAAUGUUCCUCCCCAUCGAGGACCCCGAGAUCAACGCCCUCUACACCAGGGAGGAGCUCCGGGAUCUCGCCGCGCGGAGCUCAAGGAGGCCAGGGCCAAGGUCCACGACGCCCUCAAGCACUGGGUCGACUUCUUCGCCAAGAGCGACAAGUACCCCGCGUCGGCACCGUCAAGCGCGAAAGGGCUGGCUCAAGAAUGAGCCGAGGAGACAGCUCUGCGAGGCUGCCCAGCAGGGGAGGGUCAAGAGGAAGGCUCCGGAGCGGGGAGGUGAAGAUGGCAAGGCACAGUAG